AUGCAGCGAGGCAGGGUGCGGGCGGCGCUGGCGGCGCUGCUGGCGCUGCUCUGCGCCGCGCUGCUCCCGCUCCGCCCGGAGGCCGCCAGGGCGCCCAAGCAGCGGCCGGCGCGGACCCGGAGCUGCGGCGAGCGGCCCGAGGAGCUGCUGGAGCAGCUGUACGGGCGGCUGGCGGCGGGCAUGCUCAGCGCCUUCCACCACACCCUGCAGCCCGAGCCGCCGGGCCGCCAGCACAACGCCAGCUGCCCCGCCGGGGCACGGCCGCCCGCAGACAAGAGGGUCCGGCUCCCCGUCAACCUGCGCAGCGCAUCGCCCUGGGCAUACAGAAUUUCCUAUGACCCCACGAGAUACCCCAAGUACAUUCCCGAAGCCUACUGCCUGUGCAAAGGCUGCCUGAUGGGGAUCUUUGGCGAGGAGAACUUGCACUUCCGCAGCACCCCGGUGCUCAUGCCCACGGUCAUCCUGCGCCGCACGCCCGCCUGCGCCGGGGGCCGCUACGUCUACACCGAGGAUUACAUCACCAUCCCCGUGGGCUGCACCUGCGUCCCCGAGCAGGAAAAGGAGGCAGAGAGCGCCAAUUCCAGCAUAGACAAGCAAGAAGUGAAGUUGCUGGUGGGGCAGAACAAGCCCUCAUCGGAAUGA